AGAGCAUCAUUUAAUUGAAGUAAUUAACAGUUAAAUACCUAGUAUUGAUAAUAGUUUUACAUUUUGAAUACCUAUAACUAUUCGUGAGCAGAUAACAUGUUUAAUAAAUUGAAGAUCAUUAAUAUCUAAUAAAUACAUGAUAAGAAUAUCGUAAGGGUAAAGGAAUUAAAGGAAUGCUUAUAUACUACAGUGGUGAUCGAAAAACUGAAGCAAAUGGGAAAAAUAAAAUAUAAAAUAAUAAUCCAAUAUCAUCAUAGGUUUGAAAAUAUUAUAGAGAAUGACAACAAGGAAUACAGUGAUACUUAAUUUUUGAUUGAGUAUUCAUGAAUUAUGGACUAUUGAUUUUUGGAGUGAAUAGAGAUUAUCAAAUGUAUUUUUUUAUUGAUAACACAUAGAUUAAUAAUAUGAGAAGAACUUUUGGAAUAAAAGAAUUGAAAAAUGAAAAUCAGAUUUAGGAAUUGCAAAAAAUAUGAAGGAAAAGUGAAUAUUGGGAUUGGUAAAUCGUAUUAGUGAAAGAUGAUUGUUAUGAUUAAUGCAGUGUGAGGUCACUCUGUGAUAGAU